AUGGCUCCCUCUUCCUUCAAGCUCAACACUGGCCAGGAGAUUCCUGCCCUUGGUCUCGGCACCUGGCAGUCUCCCGCUGGCGAGGUUGAGAAGGCCGUCACAUAUGCUCUCAAGGAUGGUUACAAGCUGAUCGACUGCGCCUACUGCUACGGAAACGAAGAGGAGGUUGGUGCUGGCCUCAAGGCUGCUUUCGAGGCUGGUGUCAAGCGUGAGGAUAUCUUUGUUGUCACCAAGGUCUGGGCUACUUACAACACCCGCCCUGAGCUUGGUCUCGACAAGAGCUUGAAGGCUCUUGGUCUUGACUAUGUUGACCUCUUCCUUGUGCACUGGCCUCUUCUCCUCAACCCCGAGGGUAACGACGACAAGUUCCCCAAGAAGGCUGAUGGUUCCCGAGAUGUCAUCCGAGACUACAACCACGUCGAUGGCUGGAAGCUCAUGGAGAAGCUCCCCGCUACUGGCAAGACCCGUGGCGUCGGUGUCUGCAACUACAGCAAGAAGUACCUUGAGGAGCUUCUGCCUCAUGCCACUAUCAUCCCAGCCGUCAACCAGAUCGAGAACCACCCCAGCCUCCCUCAGCAGGAGAUUGUCGACUUCUGCAAGGAGAAGGGCAUUCACAUUGAGGCCUACAGUCCCUUUGGCAGCACCGGUGGCCCCGUCAUGACUGCCGAGCCUGUUGUCAAGAUUGCGGAGAAGAAGGGUGUUUCUGCCUCCACUGUCCUGCUCAGCUACCACGGCAAGUCUCGUGAACCUGGUGGUGAAAAGUAUGUUGCUAACAGUCUUCUAGUUGCCCGUGGAAGCACCGUCCUCGCCAAGUCAGUCACCCCCGAACGCAUCACCGCCAACAAGACCAUUGUCGACCUCGACGAUGAGGAUAUGAAGGCUCUGAACGACUACUCCGAGGACCUUGUCAAGAAGGGUGAAGUCAAGCGAUAUGUCUACCCUCCCUUCGGCAUCGACUUCGGUUUCCCCGACAAGUCAUGA